GCUUGAGUUAGAAGUUGGGGGUGAGAUAGGCAGCUCAAAUUCUGCUUUCGUUUUUGAGUAUGCAUGGCUGAUAGGAAAUGGCGUCGAAAAAAGAUCCAGCAUGGCAUUGGAAGAGGAGGAAGAGUAAGAGCCUAUCUCCAAUAAAUCCAGCAUGGCAUAGGAAGAGAAGAAAGAGUAAGAGCCCACCUCCAAGAAUGCCAGGAAGUGAUUCCUCAUUGCCAGUGUUGAACUUGGUGUUGUGUGGAAGUGAUGAAGCACUAAAGACCUCAGUAUCAGAUCUAAUAUUAGAGGAUGUGAAGACUGGAGAAGUCUGUGGUCAUCGUCUCAGGCUGGAGGUGAUACCAGCUCUCUACAACACUCAUCUCUCAGAUGAGGAAGUGAUGCAGGAGAUUCUUCGCUGUAUCUCUCUUGAUAAUCCUGUCCAUGCUUUUCUUUUCAUCAUUCCUGUUGGUCCUGUCACAGAUGAUGACAAAGGAGAAAUAGAGACAAUCCAGAGAACCUUUGGUACAAAAGUCUGUGAUCAUAGUUUAGUUCUUUUUACCAACAAGAACUUUAAUGAAGCUGCUGCAAGUAACUUUGUAGAGCAAAGUUCAGAAAUGGAAGAACUUCGACACAUGUGUGGGGACAGAUAUAUGAUCUUGGAGAAAGGAAAAAAAAAUAAAUACAAACAGGUGACAGAACUGAUAGAGAGAGUAACACAUAUGAAGAAGAUUUAUUCUCUCCAAAUGUAUAUUGAGGCACAGAAAGAUGGAGUUAAACAGCCACUAGAGGAUGAAUUGACUGAAAUGAAGAAGACAAAAGCAAAACAACAGGAAACAUGUGCAGAGGGUGAAAACUCCAACUGUUUGAGAUUAUUACUGAUUGGGAAAACAGGAAAUGGAAAGAGUGCAACAGGAAACACUAUUCUAGGAAGAGAAGAAUUUGAGAGUGAAAUGAGCUUGACAUCUGUGACAAAAAUGUGUCAGAAGGGAUUGGGAGAAGUACAGGGCAGAUCAGUAGCUGUUGUGGACACUCCAGGACUCUUUGACUCCACACUCUCAAAUGAAGAAGUAACAGAAGAAAUUGUGAAAUGUGUCUCAAUGGUGGCACCAGGACCACAUGCCUUCAUCAUUGUGCUGAGUUUGGGAAGGUUUACUGAUGAAGAGAAGCAAACACUGAAUCUGAUUAAGAAGGUGUUUGGUCCUGAUGCUGUAAAGUACAGUAUGGUGCUGUUUACUGGAGGAGAUAAACUGAAAAAUAAAACAUUUCAUGAUUAUCUUAAAACUGGUAAUAAUCCACAUGUGAACAGUCUAAUCAGAGACUGUGGUGGAAGAGCUCACUUGUUUAAUAACAAUAUAGAAGAUACCAAACAAGUUAGUGAGCUUCUCAAAAUGAUCGAAGAAAUGAUAAAGUUCAACAGGGACAAUUACUUUACUAAUGAGAUGUUUGAGAAAGCAGAGAUGUCAAUACAACAGAAACAGAAGGAGAUGCUAAAAGAGAUAAAGGAGCAGAUGCAAGCUGAAGGAGAGGCUCUGAAGGACAGAUAUGAAGAAGAACUGGAACAGAUGAGGAAUAAUAUGGAGAAAGAGAGAGAGAGAUUGGAAAAGGAAAGAUGUAAAAGGGAAAAAAUAUUUAAGGAGAGGGAAGAAAAAAUGAGGCGAGAAUAUGAGAAGAAAGAAGAAGAAGAGAAAGAGAAAUGGUUGAAAGAGAACCAAAGAAGAGAAGAAGAGGAAAAACGACAGACUGCAGAAAAUAAUCACAUGAUGGAGGAGAUGAGGAAAGAACUAGAACAUCAAAAAGUUAAAUUUCUCCAACAGCAAACUGAAAGAGAUGAGGAAGACAGAAAAAGGGCAGAGAGAGAGAGAGAGGAUAAAGAACGCUUUGAACAACAACAAAAGGAAACAAUUACACAAAUAAAACUCAAACAGGAAGAAGAAGUCCGAAGGAGAGAUGAGGAAGAACAAAAGAGAAGAAAAAAACAGGAAGAAGAGAAAGAAAACUGGAAGAGAAAAAUGAAGGAGGCUGAAAAUGAUAAAAAAGAAAUCAAGGAAGAAAUUGAAAGGAAACUGAGAGAAUUGGAAAUGAGAUGGAAAGAACAGAUGGAAGAGAAAGAGAAAGAAUACAAGAGAACAAAAGAGAGACAUGCUGAAGAACUGAGAGCACAAGAGAAAAAUCAGGAGAAAAUGAGGAAAAGAUUUGAAAAGGAAAGAGAAAAAGAGAGAAAUGAGUGGCAGGAGACAGAAAGGAGGAAACGAGAGCAAAUAAAGAGAGAGUAUCAGGAAAGUAAAGAGAAAAUAAAGCAGGAGUAUGAAGAACGGGAAAAAAUAAGGAAAGAAGAAUGGAAUAAAAGAAUCCAAGAAGACAAUAAAAGAAGAGAAGAGGAGCAAAAGAGUCUACAGAGACUGAAAGAAAGGAUGGAAGCAGAAAGGCAAGAGGAAAUGAAAAGGAGAGAGAAAGAAGAUAAAGAGAGAAAAGAAAAAGCAGACAGAGACUAUGAGGAAAUGAAAAAUGACUAUGAGAAGAAAAUGAAAAAAAUGGAGACCAAACAUCAGGAUGAGGCUAGAAAAAAAGCAGAGCAGAUUAAUGACCUAGAGGCAAAAUAUGAACAUCACAUACAAGACUUGAUUAGCAAACAUCACCAUGAAUAUAAACUUAUCAGUGAUCUGUAUGAAAGUACAAAUAAAAGGCAACAUAAAAGAGGAGAGAAGUGCAUUAUCACCUAAGAGCUUGGUCAUUUCUGCCAUUGACAUUCACAUGAUAUAAAAAAACAUUUAAAAAUAAAACAACAGAAUUAAUAAAGAGCCCCCCGGCUGAUGAUCAUGUCUACAUUUGAACCUUAUUGCAACUGAUCGUACGCUUGAUGUCUGUUCACAGGAGAGGAUUGUUUUACAAACCUAUAGUUUCAGUGAUAUUCAGUGUUGUCAUGUUUAAUGUUCUUGUGUGCUUCAUUUUACAACUUACAUGGUACCAAAUUGUGUUUAGUGUGUGAUUUUAAACAUCUUUGUACCUGCAGCAUGUAAUGCACAAAUGCCUUAAACAGUGAGGGUGGAGGGUGUGGAGUUUCUAAAAAGAUGUAGGACUGUUUACAGUCUGUGCAGCUUUAUCCUGGUGUUAGAGUAAAUAAUACAAGGCCUAAACUCUGUGUUCUUUUUCAAGAAUAAAGAACAACAAAGACCUUUCGUAGAUAAACGGAGCCAAACAUUUAUUUCUAAUUCACUGCUCCUGACCUCCAGUGAGACCUUCAACAAAGUCAUUAGAUACUACCAUACAGUACCUUUUCUUCUUCUUCCCUUUUUACAAGUUGGAACUGUUAGCCAACACUGCUUUGCUUUCAGAAAAAGAAAUAUGUCACAAACAGCCUUUGACUUAUAGGAGAGGAUCAUAUUCCUCCUGCUGUUAUUAUAAUGAUUGCUGUGCAUUUGUUCCUUGUCAGACCUUCAGAGAAUCUGAAUGGUUACAGAGCUAUAAUGUAAGAGGAAAACUUCAGGAAAAGUUUGGCAAGUCGGCAUCUUGUGAUGAUUCAACAGUCACUGAAUUCUUUGUGAUGUGUGGAGGUCGUCUUUGACAUUUCCUUAUUCUGUUGAACUGUGAAACUGCUUAAAACAACCGUGAGAUGAUGGAUGUAAUGGAGGUAAAGAGAUGGGAUUGGUUAUUGGGAUUGGAUACAGAGAGAGGAAAGGAGUGAGGCUUUACUGACUGUCUAUGUAAGGUGCAGGUAAACUCUGAGAUUUUGAGCAUGUUAUGGGAUUUUCUGUUAUGUAUUAAUCAUAUUGUACAUUUAGAAAUAUUGUAGUGCUUCAAUAUAGAGCAAAAACUCUUCAUAUUAUGCCUGCUAUGCAGGCACAGGUACAUUACUAUCAUUAUAUUAACUAUCAUAUUAUUUUAUGAUUAUUAUUUUUAUGUUUGUAAUAGUAGUACUGAAAUUUAUUUACUUUAUCGUGAUGCUCCAUCCUUUCCUUUCCAUCUUAAAUAUAAAGCAGUGCUAUGAGUCUGCUAAUAUAAUUAAAUAUAGUUUUAUUCAUUAUAAUUUUUCAUGAAUCUGUAUUAUACUGUUGUUCCAAGAAGCAGAUACGUGAUUAGUUGAUGAGAGAAUCAUGUCAAACAGAAGCUCAAAGCAUGUCAAUGAGAAAUGUAUUAACUAAAAUAUCAAUGUUUUUCUUGACUUAACUAAUACAUGGUAAUUAAUAUAUGAAUACACUGGAUAAGUAUUCCUUAUUACUUUUAAAUAAAUCAUAUAAUCCUUAUAUUAA